AUCUUCCUUCCCGUUAUUAUCUCUUUUCUACCUAAUGACCCACCCGAACACACACACACACUCUCUCUCUCUAUCUUUCUAUUCUCUUUCAUCUAACUCAUCACGCUGGUCUGAGACUUUUGACAGCACCGAGUCAUGUCCUCCUCGAACCUCUCCGACUCGUAAGAGAUAAAAUCGGGAAAUUUUUAUAACCAUGUCUUCCCGUUUUGCCCCUUGUUUUACUCUUUAUUCUCAAAUCUGCAACUCUAACUCAUCUCAGCGACGAGCCUUGAUCGGAGCCAACCACACCUCCGCUCGAUUCUGCUCUCGCUAACACCUAGACCCCCCACCCUUCCCUCUCUUCCUCUGUCUCCUGCAAUUCCUUCAUAUUUUUUUUGAGGAAUUUUUAAAAACUUUUUGGCAAUUUUUUUGUGAUUAUUUACUUUGUGAAAAAAAAAAAGAAAAAAAAAAAAAAGAAGUUUCUCAAAGGUUAUAGGGGGGUUAUGGAGCCUACCACAGGGAAACCCAGCUUUCUGAGGAAUUUUAUGGUACGGUUGCUUUCCUUCGGGGUCUUGCUUAUUGCCGCCCGAUUUGCUUACGUCAUCACAAUCGCCGGUGAGUCUUGUAAUGUCGGAAACUUCUGCUUCUUUUCGCUGCCGGAGAAUCUAAACUUCGUCAUCGCCGGUCCCGGUUCGGGAGGUUCGGCGGUCGUGGUCAACAAGGCCAUUGGUUCCUCUGCGGCCGUGCCUCCCCAGCGCGAGCUUUACACCAGCAAAGAUUGGAUCAAGGCCGUCAAUUUCUAUUCUUCCAUAUUUCAAGAUCUGAUGGCUCAGGGGUACCUCUCGCCGGACUCAAAGUCUCUCUGCGUCGAAACCCCGAACGGCCAGGACGUCUUUGCCUUGAAAGAGAUCGGAGUCAAAGACUCGGUUGGGACUUUCAAGAAGGGUUCGCGGCCUUUGGUGGUUUCCGGCGAGGCCCAUCGUCUGCCGUUCGACGACAAUACCUUCGACUUCGUGUUCUCCGGCGGUGGUCGGCUCGACAAAUCGCCCCGGCCUUUGGCAUUCGCUUCGGAGAUCAUACGGACGCUGAAACCCGAAGGGUUUGCGGUGGUCCAUGUAAGCGCCAAAGACACGUACAGUUUCAAUUCCUUUCUUGCAUUGUUCAAUUACUCCCAUUUGUUAACGAUACGUGAUAUUGAUGGGUUCGAUUCUUCGAUGCCUCAUAUACGCGAAAUGGUUCUGAAAAAAGAAUUUGCAACUCAGGGCCAUGCGUUCAAUGAAAAUUCUGGGAAAAAGUGCUCGGUUCCUGGGUAUAAGCAAGAGUUGGUCAGAAAGGCUGAGCCGUUGAUUGCGAAAGAGCCAUUGAAGCCUUGGAUUACUUUGAAGAGGAAUAUACAGAAUAUCAAAUAUCUUCCAUCAAUGGCUGAUAUAAGCUUUAAGAAUAGGUAUGUUUAUGUGGAUGUUGGAGCAAGAAGCUAUGGUUCUAGCAUUGGAAGUUGGUUCAAGAAACAAUACCCAAAACAGAACAAGACCUUCGAUGUUUACGCCAUUGAAGCGGACAAAACUUUCCAUGAGCAGUAUAAAGUGAAGAAAAGGGUCACUCUUCUGCCAUAUGCGGCUUGGGUGAGGAAUGAGACUUUGUCCUUCGAAAUUAACCGAGACCCAGGUGAGAAAGUCUCGGAUAAAGGUAGAGGCAUGGGAAGAAUUCAACCGGUGACAUCGAAAGGUGGUAGCUUUGAUGGAGAGGUGGAUGAGAUUCAGGGGUUUGAUUUCGCAGAUUGGUUGAAGAACACUGUCACUGAGAAAGAUUUCGUGGUGAUGAAGAUGGAUGUUGAAGGGACAGAAUUCGAUUUGAUUCCAAGGUUGUUUGAAACAGGAGCCAUUUGUUUGAUUGAUGAGAUUUUCCUGGAAUGCCAUUACAAUAGGUGGCAAAGAUGUUGCCCUGGUGAGAGAAGUACAAAAUAUGAGAAAACAUAUGGCCAAUGCUUGGAUCUAUUUACUUCUCUAAGGCAAAGUGGAGUUCUAGUUCAUCAGUGGUGGUGAUCUGGUAACCAGUUGCCACCCUUUACGUAUGUGUACUUUUUUUUUAACUUUCUCACAGAAUUUUUUUCUUCCUCUUAUUGCAAUUUUUUCUUUUACAGAGUUCGCUUGUUAAAUUUAUUUCUUGUAAGAAUUGUAGCUUCAAAGUGAAAAUUUCUUUACUCA